GGUUGCGAAAUGCCAGUUGUAGACAUGGAGUGUUGUUACUUCAAUCAAAACACCGCAAAAUAAUGCAACGAUCAAGCUCACAAGUCACAACAACGCAAGCAAUGCAUACGUGACACCGAAACAGAAACUCACACUCUCACACACGAUCCAAACUCCAAACCUAAACCUUCAUUCCGAACCUGAAUUCAAUUAUUAAGAACCAAUGCUAAGAGGCGAAAUCGGAGUUUCGAGAAGCGCGAGGCACAACGCCACCGCUGUAACGGUUUCGAAUAAGGUUCUUGUGGCCGUUAAAGCGGAGAAAGUGAUCUCCAACACCGCAUUAGCAUGGGCGCUCACUCACAUCGUUCAUUCCAGCGACUCAAUUACGCUUCUCGCCGUUUAUUCCACCGAAAAAACCGGUAGAAGAUUCUGGAACUUUUCGAGAUUCACCGGUGACUGUACGAAUGGACGCGCGGGAAAGUUACCGGAGCAGAUUUCUGAUAUCUCCGACUCUUGCUCUCAGAUGGUGCUUCAGUUGCACAAUCACAUUGAGGUUAGGGUAAAGAUUAAGGUUGUCACGGGAACUCCCAGUGGUGCUGUAGCAGCUGAAGCUAGAUGGAGUGGUUCCCAUUGGGUCAUACUGGACAAGAAAUUAAAGCAAGAGGUAAAACAUUGCAUGGAUGAACUCAACUGUAGCAUUGUGGUGAUGAAUGGCUCACAGCCUAAAGUCCUCAGACUUAAUUUAGGACCCUCAAAUGAACUCCAAACUCCAUUUUUCUCUGCUUCCUCUUCACCAGGUAUAGAAAUUGGAAAACUAAAAGGCCGCAGAUUGAAGCAUUCCACCCCAGUCGGUAGCCCUGAAGAAGCAGGUUCGUCUGUUACAAGAGAUAUUGGACUAGAUUCAAUGUCAAGUUCAGACUCAAUGGCUUCUCCUUUCCUGAUCUAUAAACAAAACCCUCUGUAUGAGGGUCACGGACCACACAAAAGAACAAACAAACCAAUCAGUGAGCCAAAAAAUUUCAAUGUCCAGCCACCACUGUACUUUAAUUUGGAAAGGGAUAACCGACCCCCUUCAAGGAAACUCCCAACAUCAUCUAUGGCAAGUAAUAACAACACUUUAUUUUGCAUCCCUGGGAAACACAUUAAUAAUGAGAAGCUUCAAAGGGAUGAAAACAGAAUUAUUCAAAGAGCUAAAUCACCAAAUUCUAAAACUUUACUUGAGAAUUUUAUACACUGUGAUCAAAUGGGAACAAAUGACGUUGGGUUUAAUAAAUCUGAGAGUAGAAGUUAUCUCACCAGGUCAGGCAUCAGAGAUAGCCCUAUUCCUUUGGGAAGAAACUCCUCUAUACCUCCUCCCUUGUGCUCACAGUGUCAGAAUAUAGCACCUGUAUUUGGAAAUCCUCCUAGACGGUUUUCAUACAAAGAGAUAGAAGAAGCUACUGACAUGUUCUCAGAUUUGAAUUUUUUGGCUGAAGGUGGAUUUGGUGUGGUUCACAAAGGAAUACUCAAAGAUGGCCAGGUUGUUGCAGUGAAACAAUUAAAAUUUAGUGGCUCUCAAGCAGAUCUUGAUUUUUGCAGGGAAGUUCGGGUUUUGAGCUGUGCACAACACAGAAAUGUUGUAUUGCUUAUAGGAUUUUGCACAGAGGGCAAUGUGAGGAUAUUAGUCUAUGAGUACAUAUGUAAUGGAUCCUUGGACCUCUGCUUACAUGGCAACGAGAAAAUACCUUUGGAUUGGAACUCACGAUUAAAGAUAGCGAUUGGAGUUGCCCGAGGCUUACGAUACCUCCAUGAAGAUUGUAGAGUUGGUUGUAUAGUGCACAGAGAUCUUCGCCCCAAAAAUAUACUCUUAACACAUGACUUUGAAACUCUGGUGGCUGAUUUUGGGCUUGCUAGAUGGCAAUCAGAAUGGAAUAUAAAUACAGAAGAUCGUGUGAUGGGAACUUCAGGGUACAUUGCACCGGAGUAUCUUGAUACUGGAAUUCUUACGUAUAAAGUAGAUGUAUAUGCAUUUGGAAUUGUUUUAUUAGAGUUAAUAACCGGUAAAAGAAUUAGUCAGUUAGAACAGUUCAAUGGACACUCAUAUCUUUCUGAAUGGUUUCACCCCCUACACAUGUUGGACCCCAAUCAUAUCUUUCAAAAGGUUGGAUCUCUCAAUCCAUGUUUGGAUUCUGAGUCGUCACUAGAAUUUAAUCUUCAAUUCCAAGCUAUGGCACAAGCUGCUUCAUUCUGUCUGCGUUUGGAUCCUGAUUCCAGACCCCCAAUGUCAAAGAUUCUUAGAGUCCUUGAAGGGGGCAGUCCAGUUCGUCCUUUGGGUUUAGAUAUCAAUUCAGUUGGUAACAUAAGCGGUCAUUUAAGUGGUUUGACUUUGCAUACUCCUCCUAAAGGUACAAUAAGUCAUUCUCGUACGUUAUCACAUUGAUAUCUACUUUGGCUCUUGGGCUAGAGGACUCUGUUGUCAAUAUGGUUCUGUUUGUGAGCUGCAUGGUAACAAAUAUUUUUCUUAUCCAUUUGAAGCACCAAUGCCCCUCAUAAGCACACAGAAACAUUCACACAAGCACAUUAUUUGGUAAUGCAAAGUCAAUAUCUUAGACUACUCAUAAAAAAUAGAUAUGUAAUUUAGUUUCCCAGUAGCAAAAAUUCAUUUGACAAGGGGAUCUUUCUCUUUCCUUUGGAUCCGAAUUAGUGGUACAGUAGGAGGCCAUUAAGAGCAGCUUCAUGGCAAAAUUGUAUGAGUUUUUUGAGUUGUAUAGCCACUAUCACUAUUAAGUGGUUCCAUUAUGUCACAACAUAUUUAAACAACUGAUCUACAUUUUACUAUAUUAAUUGGAUUUUUAAGCAAUUCUCGAUUAA